AUAUCUGUCGACAAGCAACUUGCUGCUCCAAGUUGCGCAUCCAUUUGUGCCGACGACAGAUCGAUGAUUUUAUCAGCUUAUAUAUGUACAUGCGUUGACAGACAUAGCUACAUAGAUUUUUAAGGAGAGGAGAGAAGACGACGACGCAGCAGAGAGAUUUUUCAGGAUGAUGAGGAGGCGCUGCAGCGGCAGCCAUGGCAGGCAGCUGCUGCUCCUGUAUUGGCUGGUGAUCGCGUGUUCUUGGGUUGCAGCUGCUCAGGCUCAGCAAGCUCCAAGAACUGAUCCAGUUGAAGUGGCGGCGCUGAACGCGAUCCUGGGGAGAUGGGGAACGAAUCCGCCCAAGACUUGGAACAUCACCGGCGGCGACCCCUGCACCGGCACCGCCGUCGACGACACCAACAUCGACGACAGCCCCGUCGUCAACCCCGGCAUCAAGUGCGACUGCUCCUUCAACAACCGCACCGUCUGCCACAUCACCAAGCUGAGGGUGUACGCGUUGAAUGUUGUCGGUACGAUACCUGCGGAGCUGGAGAGUCUCAGAUAUCUGGCUAACUUGAACCUGCAGCAAAAUUACUUGACUGGCCCUGUGCCAUCAUUCAUUGGGAAGCUUACUUUCAUGCAAUACCUGACCUUAUCAAUCAAUUCGCUAUCUGGGCCCCUUCCAAAGGAAAUUGGGAAUCUCACGGAUCUUCGAUCAUUAGGCAUUGGCUCAAACAAUUUUACUGGUGAACUUCCUGAAGAACUGGGCAACUUGACCAAACUCGAACAAUUGUACAUUGAUAGUUCUGGCUUCAGUGGUCCAUUCCCUUCAACAUUAUCAAAACUUAAGAAUCUGGAGAAGCUGUGGGCAUCAGAUAAUGAUUUCACAGGGAAAAUACCUGAUUAUUUAGGGACCUUGACAAAGUUGGUGGAACUGAGGUUCCAAGGAAAUUCUUUUCAAGGCCCGAUUCCAGCAAGUUUGUCUAAUUUGUCCAACUUGACAAGCUUACGAAUUGGUGAUAUUGUAAACGGGAGCUCUUCGCUGGCCUUUAUCAGUAACCUGACGUCUUUGAAUAUCCUAAUAUUGAGGAACUGCAAGAUAUCCGAUAAUCUCAGAACAGUAAAUUUCUCUAAGCUUGGAAGAUUAACCUUGUUGGACUUGAGCUUUAAUAAUAUCACAGGCGAAGUUCCUCAGUCCAUCCUUAAUCUGAACAACCUUGGAUACUUGUUUCUCGGGAACAAUAGCCUUACAGGAAGCCUGCCAGAUGCGAAGAGCUCCUCCCUAACCAAUUUAGAUUUUUCAUACAAUCAACUCACGGGAAGCUUUCCUUCAUGGGUUACCAAUAACAAUUUGCAAUUGAAUUUGGUGGCAAAUAAAUUUAAUAUUCGUGAGAACAACAAUAGUAUUCUACCUUCAGGACUAAACUGUUUACAACAAGACACUCCAUGUUUGCUAGGUUCUCCAGAAUACUAUUCUUUUGCGGUAGACUGUGGCAGUAAUAAAUCUAUGAAAGGCUCAGAUAAUACUAUAUAUGAAGUAGAUGCUGCAAAUCUCGGAGUCGCAUCAUACUAUGUUACCAGAAAUACAAGAUGGGGUGUCAGCAAUGUUGGAAUAUUCAAUGAUGCCUCAAGUCGAAACUAUGUAAUAAAUAGUUCCCAACAGUUUCAAAACACAUUGGAUUCAGAAUUAUUCCAAACCGCGAGGAUGUCACCAUCAUCCCUAAGAUACUAUGGUCUAGGACUUGAGAAUGGAAAUUAUAGUGUCAAGCUUCAAUUUGCAGAGUUUGCUUAUCCAGAUUCAAAGACUUGGGAGAGCACAGGAAGGCGAAUUUUUGACAUAUAUGUGCAGGGUGUUCUGAAAGAAAAGAAUUUUGAUAUAAGGAAAGCAGUUGGUGGAAAAUCUUUUACUGCAGUUAACAAAAUAUAUAAUACAAUCGUGUCGAAAAACUUCCUUGAGAUCCAUCUCUUCUGGGCUGGCAAGGGCACUUGUUGUAUUCCAACUCAAGGUUACUACGGACCAAUGAUAUCUGCACUAAGUGUCACCCCAAAUUUUACUCCUACCGUGAGAAAUGGAGAGCCAAAAAAGAAAAGUAAGGCAGGUGUGAUUGUCGGAAUAGUGAUCGGUGCAUUAGUUUUAGGAUCAGCAGCCUUAGUUGGAAUCUUUAUGUUGAUAAGUAAGAGAAGAAAAGCGACCCAACAGCAAGAAGAGCUGUACAACCUUGCUGGAAGGCCUAAUGUCUUUAGUAAUGCUGAACUAAAGUUAGCUACAGAGAAUUUCAGUUCUCAAAAUAUGGUGGGAGAAGGUGGAUAUGGGCAAGUAUAUAAGGGUAAGCUACCUGAUGGAAGAGUCAUAGCUGUCAAACAACUUUCUCAAUCAUCCCAUCAGGGAAAAAGCGAGUUCGUGACAGAGGUUGCAACAAUUUCAGCUGUGCAACAUCGGAACCUUGUGAAAUUGCACGGCUGCUGCAUUGAUAGUAACACACCCUUGUUGGUUUAUGAGUACCUCGAAAAUGGAAGCCUAGACAGAGCACUCUUUGGAAGCAAAAGCUUUAAUCUAGACUGGCCAACACGCUUUGAGAUCGUUUUGGGCGUUGCUAGAGGCCUAACUUAUCUUCACGAAGAGUCUAGCGUUCGCAUCGUGCAUAGAGACAUCAAAGCCAGCAAUGUCUUACUUGACACUGAUCUCACCCCCAAGAUCUCUGACUUUGGACUUGCAAAGCUCUAUGAUGAGAAGAAGACCCAUAUCAGCACAAAAAUAGCCGGCACGCUUGGCUAUCUGGCACCCGAGUAUGCAAUGAGAGGCCAUCUGACUGAAAAGGCCGACGUUUUUGCAUUUGGGGUAGUCGCCUUGGAGACUGUUGCUGGUCGACCAAACACCGACAACUCUCGUGAAGAAGAUAAGAUCUAUCUCUUUGAAUGGGCCUGGACACUAUAUGAGAGCGGGCAAGCACUCGGGAUCGUAGACCCAAAACUCAAGGAAUUCAAUGAGAAGGAAGCCUUGAGAGUCAUCUGUGCCGCACUCCUUUGCACUCAAGGGUCACCACACCAGCGGCCAUCAAUGUCCAGAGUCAUGGCUAUCCUAGCCGGAGAUAUUGAGGUGACUGAGGUGGUGACGAAGCCGAGCUACAUCACUGAAUGGCAGCUCAGAGGAGGAGGUGACACUAGCUAUGCCACCAGCUCCUACUACUCUGGAUCUACUACUGGUGAGUUCAGGGAGAAGAGGGAGACCGCCCCUCUCAACUCGUAUCCAGGGAUAGCUGGACGCAUUGACGAAGGAAGGUGAAUGCAGAGCUGCAAAGUGCAAACCAUUGUUGUUCCUGGUUUCAAGUGACAAUUUUGGAUAUUAUUCCUGCCUAUAUAAUUGUAUGUUGAUGUAAGUUGCAGAAAACAAAUACGAAAGUACUUAUUCUGAUUUUUUUCCAUGAUGACAAAACCAGUACUCGUAAUUUCUAAACCCGAUCUUCCACAGCAUC